AUGUACCUUGCACCUGUGAUCUUGGCUCUUUUCGCCUCCAGUCAAGCUAUAUUCUUUGGAGGCGGAGGUGGAGGUGGACAAAGUGGAGGAGGCUACGCAGCCGGCGGUGGCGGAGGUCCAUAUCCAGCAGGAGGAGGUGCACCUCCAUACUCAGUGGGCGGCGGUGCGCCUCCAUACUCACUGGGUGGCGCUGGUGGAGGCCCCUACCCAGCUGGUGGUGGUGCAGCUCCAUACUCAGCCGGCGGUGGCGGAGGUCCAUACCCAGAAGGAGGCGGUGGCGGAAUAAGCUCUGCUGGAACUCUCUCAGACAUUCCACCACCCCCGUCUCGUUCCUCACAGGAACCAGGCGCUCCUUCCGCUUCCGCAUCAGACACUGAAGGAUCCGUUGACGAUCUUCCAUCUUCGAACUCCAUUGCCGCAUCUCUGACGAAACAACGAUCUGAGAAUAUUGUCAGAGAGGAUGCGGUGGCAUCAAAAAGAGCGAUUCAUGACACGGCAAUCAAAAUAUACCCGGAUUUCACUGUGGACGUCAUCUGUUCAAGCACAGGAUUCACGUAUUUGGUUUCGACGACAGAACACUGUGAGGCGCAAAAAGAUAACGUCAUUUGCUUUGUUUACAAGAGGCCUCUUCUACGAUAG